AUUCUUUCUUCGGCUUGGCGAGGAAAUUUGUCGCAUCACGUGCCCUCACCAAAUACUUCGUCUUCUGUUACCAAGGAACUGUUAGGUGAAAUCCCUCUGAGCAAACAGGAAACACGUCCUCACAUCACGCGACUACUGCUAGCCUCACCUCAAUUUCCAAUAGUAUUAUUAUAUCUGAAAGGUUGAUUAUCUCUACCUCUGGUCACAUCAGCAGUCAGUCAAUUGGUGGAAAUUGGUGCCUUCUCUUGAGAGUUUCCAAAGCAGAGAGAAGAAACAAAAGGAGAUAAAACUCAACAGCCCACCAUGUCUGGGCCGUCUGUACAUCUUACAAUACCGCCUGCCUCGCUCUUCAAAUUCCCUCCUGCGCCAUUGCCAGAGACACUUCCGCCUCCGCAACGCGAUUACUCUUUCGCGACUCCCUUCAACAUCAAUCCGACUGUCUAUAAUGGACUGCUCUCGGCCAGUGUUCCUCUCACCUUCGCUACCAUUUACGCGACCUCUGUUGUCCUGCUGAAUCAGAUCAAUCGGCGCCGCGGUAACCAGCCAUGGGAAUUCAGCAAGACCCGUCUAUUUCACCUUUUCGUAGUAGCACAUAACGUGCUCCUCGCUGUAUAUUCGGCUUGGACCCUUACAGGAAUGCUUGGCGCUUUGAGUCGCUCGUGGCCUGGAUUUGAUGCUGAGGGCGGACCUGCAGAGGUGGCUGAUGCUCUCUGUAAGCUCAAUGGACCCCGCGGAUUUGGUAGUGCGGCAACAUACAAUUCCACGACUAGUGCAUGGGGUGUCACAGAUCGGCUGGUGAAACUCGGAACUGGAGGUAUCCCCGAUUCGUCAGACGUUGGACGAUUGUGGAAUGAAGGUCUUUCAUUUUACGGCUGGCUCUUCUACUUGUCAAAGUUCUACGAAGUCGUCGAUACUGCAAUUAUCCUGGCAAAAGGCAAGCGGAGCUCAUCAUUGCAGACUUAUCAUCAUGCAGGAGCUAUGAUGUGCAUGUGGGCUGGAAUUCGCUACAUGGCACCUCCUAUCUGGUUGUUUGUUGUCGCUAAUUCAUUUAUUCACACACUCAUGUACACUUACUUCACACUCACUGCGCUGCAUGUAAAGGUUCCGUGGGUCAUCAAGCGCACUCUGACAACAAUGCAAAUUGCUCAAUUCGUCAUUGGUGCCUCAUUCGCAGCCACGCAUCUGUUCGUAUCAUAUAACGCCCCGGUUUCUGUUCCAUAUUCCUUUAUCGCUGGCGUCUCCUCUGCAGCAUCCUCUGCAACCUCUGCCGUCGGCUCUGCUGCCACAUCUGUCGCGUCAGCCACCGCCACUGCGAACCUGAACAGCUGGUUCAAGAAGCUAGCUCUGCGAGCAGUCGGAGAAGAAGGCUUGGCAGAAAAUGUACGCAACAGCCAAGGGGAGCGCUUCGGUGCCGACGCUGUCAAAGCUCCAGUAAACCACGCCAAGGAAGAAAUUAGAUACCGUACCGAAUAUCCGGUUGUUUCCUGUAUCGACACUAGUGGCCAAUCAUUUGCCAUUUGGUUGAACUUGAUGUAUCUUGCUCCACUGACAUGGCUCUUCGUCCGAUUCUUCAUUCGUUCAUACACUGGCAUGACCUCUCGCCGAGGACGUCGGCCCUCGACGAUUCAUAUCAUUGAGAAGUCAGGCUUAGACGCCGCUAGAGGCGUACAGCGAGAGCUCGACUCGCUCCUGAAGGAGGCUGAAACUUCCGUGGCGGAGAAAGUCAUAGAAAGGGGUGAAGAAGCCGCAAGCUCGGCGGAGGCGGCUGUGGAAGCAAAGAGGGAGUAAGCGCAAGGAUUGUUUCCUGGUAUCUUCCGUGUACGCUGCGACACGAAGAUGGCUAUCACAUCGGGACCUAAAAAUAAAAGAGCAAUCUUCAACCAUUUUGAACCGCUGGAGUCUGGGCUGGCGAUGAUUUUUUCAAUGAUUUGAGACUGCGAACAUUGUGUAAUAUUAAUAAAGGAACCGUUUGCGCUCAAUGUCUUUUCACGUAUCUGCACUUCAUCGUAAAAUUAUUGUUCUUUUCAUGUCUAGACUGCCAUUACAGUACAACUAUUCAGCAUGG